AUGGCGCAGGCAGUAGCAACGGCCGUUUCGCCCGAGCUGCACGGCGUGUCGACGUCUUCACGACCCGUCGAGAUGGCAGACUUGGAGAAAAACGAGAUGGCAGAGGCGGCCAGUCGAGAAACAGAGGGGGCUGAGAUCGGAGACAAGAAGACGGCAGACGGCAGCGACGACGACAUGGACGCCGGAGAUGAUGCCGACCCGAAGACAGUGCUGCCGUUUUCAAAGCUGCGCUGCGUGGCGCUCGUGGUGACAACAGCCAGCGCCGGUUUCCUCAACAUUGUGUCACUGCAGUCGGCAGUGAUCAUCAUGCCUACGAUCAGCCGCGACCUCAACAUUCCAGCCAGCCGGCAGCAGUGGGUACUGUCGUCGUACACGCUCGCCUUUGGCUGCUUCCUGCUGAUCUGGGGCCGGGUGGCUGAUCUGUACGGAAAGCGGCCCGUCUUCAUUUUGGGCAGUGCCUUUGUGGUGGGCGCUGCCGCCAACGUGCCCACGGCCAUUGGCAUUCUGGGCGUGACCUUUCCGCCGGGCAAGGCCAAGAACUAUGCGUUCAGCGCGUACGCUGCCGGUGCUCCUCUGGGCGGCGUCUUUGGCAACGUCCUCUCGGGCCUGGUUGCCAGCUAUGCCAGCUGGAAGUGGGUCUUCUGGGUGAUCGCGAUUCUGUCGGCGUUUAUCACGGUGGCCGGCAUCUUUGUCAUUCCGGAGCUGCCGGAAACGCGCACGGCCGAGGAGCUGGCUGAGCUGUCGCUGCUGCAUUCGGUCGACUGGAUCGGUGGCGCGCUGAUUACCGGCGGCCUGAUCGCACUGCUCUUUUCCAUGACCGAGGGCAACAUUGUCGGCUGGUCGACGGCCUGGGUCAUCGUGCUGAUCCUGCUCGGGCUGCUGAUGAUCGCCGUCUUCAUCGCCUGGGAGCUCUACCAGGAGAAGCAUACGACCCGAUCACCGCUGAUCCGGCUCUCGCUCUUCCGCAACCGCCACUUCUCGGCUGCCGUGCUGAUCAUGUGCAUUUUCUUUGGCAUCUUCAACGACUUCUCCGUCUAUGUCACCUACCUCUGGCAGGACUACCAGGGCUACAGCCCCAUCCAGACCAUGCUGCGCUUUCUUCCCGGUGCCGUCACCGGCACCACUGUCGCCAUCAUUGUCGCCCGCCUCAUCUCACAAGUCCCCACCGUGCUCAUCCUUGUCGCCGGUCAGCUGGCCACCUGUGUGGCCCUUAUCCUGAUGGCAGUGCCCCUCCCUGACAGCACCUCGUAUUUCGCCUACGGCUUUUCAGCCAUGGUGCUGGCCGUCGUUGGUGCUGACACUGCAUGGCCGUGUCUGACUCUCUUCAUGUCCAAGAGCUUGCCACCGGAACACCAAGCAAUGGGUGGCGCUCUCAUCAACGCCUCCGGCCAGAUCGGUCGGGCCAUCGGUCUCGCCAUCACGACAGCCAUCCAACUGACCGUCGUGGCCCACGAACGCGGCGUACCAGUGCAGGAUGUGGGUGCCGUCGUCAAGGGCGACCCGGCCUCGCUGCGGGGAAUUCGCGUUGCUAACUGGUUCAACUUGGCCCUCGGUGGCUGCUGUGUCAUCCUUUGUGCUGUGCUAUUUCGUGGCACAGGCAUUGUUGGCAAGAUUCCCGUCCAGCGACAGCGACAGGGUGGUGUUUCCGCGUAG